CAAGCACCCUGUCCAGUCACUGGUCUACACUGACAGAGGGAGAAAGCAGCCCAAUAAUAAGACAGUUAGAGGCACUCUCUGUUGCAUCACAACGCUCUGGACUCUUGCUUGCGAUUCUCUCUUGAAACAUGCCCAUUGGGAUCAGCCCUAAAACUAACCCCACUAAUGUGAUCGGGGGCCCUGCCACCCCUCGGAAAGGACCCCUCAAAUUCAAACAGAGGCAGACGAGGCAGUUCAAGAGCAAGCCCCCCAAGAAAGGAGUAAAGGGUUUUGGGGAUGACAUCCCUGGGAUGGAGGGCCUUGGAACAGACAUCACUGUCAUCUGCCCAUGGGAAGCUUUCAGUCACUUGGAGCUCCACGAGCUGGCCCAGUAUGGCAUCGUCUGAGAGGACCAGUACCCCAGAACUCCUCGCACUUAGCAUAAAGCUUUCUUUUGUACUAGUUUGCAUUCAUUGAGAUUGACUUGUGUCAGUGUCCUUGACUGUAACUGAUAUUUCAAUAAAGCCUUUC